UUAUUUUUGUCUAUAUCUUCUUCUUUUCUCUCUCCUACAUGUUCUCUUCUUAACCAUAAUAAUCAUUAAACCCAAACAUGAACUGAACCCCUCAGUUUUUUGAUUCUUUAUAGUAUACCGAGUUAGACAAACUGAGAACUCGUUUUCAAUUUUAUUUAUGAUGGCUGUUGAUCUUCAAAACUGGAAUUCUUUAUUACUUCCUUCACAGCACUUCAAUGAAAGCAACGACCACAACUCGUCUUCUUCCUCUAGUAUUUUCUCUGGUUUUGGCUCACCAGUUGAGUCGGAACUCGGUUUCACUGAGUCAGAGAGUGACCAAGAAGACGAUUACAUUGCUGAGUUGACUCGUCAAAUGACUCACUCCAUGCUUCAAGAUGAUGAUGAAAAAGAGGUUAUUGGCAAAGAAGAGGAACUCGGUAUAGAAAAGACUGAGAAUUUGAAGCAAAAUGAAGAGAAAAAUGUCUAUAAUGAAGAAAUAUUUUUAGGAAAUUCACUUGAGCCGAAUUCAGUGAACAAACCCAAAAUUCCAAAUCUUGAAUUUCAAUCUAGACAAGCUCUAAUUGAUUACCAAAUAAGGACUGUUCAAUUACAUAAGCUUAAACAAGAGGAAUUUAUGAAGCAACAACAAAUUGCUAAUAAGCAAUAUGAGCUUAAUAAGCAACAAAAUGAGCAAUUUAGUCCAAACAAACAGAGAGCUUGUAAUGGAGAAAAACAGAGAACUGGUUCAGAAAUGACUGCAGUUUUUCUGGGUGAACCCGGUUCAAGAAGUGGGUCAUCUGGGACUGGAGUAUUCUUCCCUAGAGGAAUAAGUAACCCUUGUGAAUCACCCAAGAAACAAGGUAAUUAUUCCACUGUGCUUAUACCAGCAAGAGUAGUUCAAGCCCUAAAAUUACAGUUUGACAAAAUGGGAAUUGAAUCAAGGCCAAAUGGUGCUCAUUUUGCUAUCCAACUUCAACAACAUGAUGGCAAAAUGGAGGAUGUGAGGUAUAGCUUGGGAAUCAAGAAAGAGAAUCAGUCCAAGAACGUGAAGACAAUGAACAAUCAAGAAAUGAAUCUGCCUCAUGAAUGGACGUAUUAAUUUCAUUGGAGCAAACACCACAUGCCGUGUUGGAUCCAUGUUUUAGCAAAUAAAAAUCAACUAAUAAGCAAGAUCAUGCAAGGUGAUCAUAAUACAGAUCUUCAAGCUGUCAUAUAGAAUAUGAAUAAAUAAAUUUGUUUAAUUAGAUUCUAUUUUCUUGUUUUAUAGAUUUCUUGAAACGAAAUAGAAGAUUUAUAUGAUAGAAAGAAAAUAAAUGUAUCUCUCUUGUGAAGUGAGUAGUGUAGGAGCUAGAAAAUAAAAUAUGAUCGGUGGUGACCGAAAAAAAGACGGGUGAAAUAGAUAACUACGGCGGUCGGAGCCGGCCGUAGUUAUGUAUUGAUUAGCAGCGCUAAUAGUUUUUAUUGUUAUUAUUUAAGGGAUGUCUUUUGUUGUAAUCCUUCUGUAAUAUAAAAAUUUGAUUAUGUAUCAUAAAAAUAAGUUUGAAGGUUU